UUCAUGUUCUAGAAUCGAUUGAUUUAAAGGUAGACAUCAAGGAUUUAUUGUAUUUGUAUAUUGUCAUUUCACGUUUUGACUCUCGUACCCUGUGAGAUUGGGAGUGGUACAAUACAUCUGCCACUAUGCCAUCAAUGGAACAGUUAUGGAACUUCAUGGAGGCACAGCAUAAGGUUGCACAAGCCAUAUCUGUCAGCUCGUCUAAUCAUGUGCAGGAGGCACAUAAAUUGGCUAGCAACACAAAUGUUAAGCCAGCACAAGCUACUAGACCAACCAGUCAUCCUCAAAAUGCAAACAUUAACAAAAAUAAAGUUAAUAAUUCUCAUUCUAACAAUAGCAAGUUUUACGUUUGUCUCUAUUGCAAAGAUGCUAGUCACAAUGUUUUCAAGUGUCCAAUUUCACAGAAAAUCGACCCUGCCGGUAAGAAGGAUGCUGUCAGAAGAAAAAAUCUCUGUUUUAACUGUCUGAAGCCAUUCAUUUUUGGACAUUCUUGUCUUGGGUCCUGCCAUCACUGUGGAAAGCGACAUCACACAGUAUUGCA